AUGCUCGCGUGUAGCACAUUGGGCAGGGCGCCUGUGGUGACCAGGGGCGGCGCAGUGCUGACCACCGAACGCCGCAGCGUGUGCGGGGCCACAGCAGCCCUCCGGCGCCGGCAGCGGGCAGCCCCCGCCUGGCGGCCCUCGGCGGCCGCGCCAGACGCCGCCGCGGAGGGCGCCGCCAGCAGCAGCGGCGGCAGCGCCGCCGCCAGCCUGCCCGGUCAGCGGCUGGUGGCGACGCUGCCCAAGCCGGUGGGCGUCGUGUUUUCACAGAAGGAGGGCGGCCCCGUGUUCAUCGAGAGUGUGGUGCCUGGCGGCAACGCCGACAAGGCCGGCAUCAAGCCCGGGGACAUUCUCAACCGCUGCAGCGCCGUCACCCUCAAGGCUGGCAAGGAGGGCCGGUAUGAGAGGGUGGGGCAUGGCGACAGGCCCUAUGACAACUGGGAGCCCUUUGCGAGCAGCAGCAGCGGCGGCGUGGGUGAGGGCCACGCAGCUGUACCCGCUGGCGCGGGUACAGCGCCGCUGCACCCUCAAGACGCCGCCGCGGAAGCUGCCGCUGAGAUCAUGAUCGACACGGAGGGCCUCAAGUUUGAGACGGUGAUGAGCGCCCUCAAGAGCAACAACGAGCGCUGGGGCUUUAAGACGGUCACGCUCGUCAUCAGGCGGCCGCCCCCCGCUGAAGAGUAG